AUGGUUCAUCACGCCAAAGUGCAAAAGGAUAUAUUCGGUGCGACGAUACUCCCGCAGAAUUUAAGUUUCGAAAAUGCAAAGAAGUUGAGCGAAAAUCAAAUAAAAUUACAGGACAUACCGUUGAUAGAUGAAGAUGCGGCCGCGGAGUGUUUGGCCGCGGAAAAAAUAAAAGCUCAAACGAAAAGGAUACCGAGAUUGUUUACGAAAAGAGAAGAGAACGUUCUCGAAGGUGCGGAUAACGUACAGGUGGGUGCGAGUCAAGCGGAAUCAUAUUGGUCGGCGGAUCCAUUCGAAAACAUACCCGGUCCGAAAUUAUUUUUUAAAUUUCGGGGUACCACGUUAAAACAAGUGACGCAACAGAUAAUCGUGUCUACAAUAUACCGAAUAAUAACGAAAAACGAAUGGGAAACCGUUAGAAAUUCAAUAACGGAAAUCCCUGUGGAAAGUAAGGAAAAAUAUUACGAUUAUUUCGACGAGGCGACGGAAAAAUUAAUAAACAGAAUAAAAAUAAUACGCAACAGUCAAAAUGAAGUACCUGGAAAUUUUUUAAAAGAAUUAAACAAAUGGAGUUUGGAAUGUUUGUGUUCUAUCAUAUUUAACAAAUCCGUUAGUUUUUUUGAAAAUGACGUACACAUCGGUGGAAGUUUGUCAUCGAAAACAUCUCAACUUUUUUAUUCGUUAAACGAAGCUACGACAAAUCUUUACAAAUUAGAAAACGGUUUUCAAUAUUGGAGAUUCAUGAACACGACAUCUUUGUACUCACUCGGAGCCGCAUGUAAAGUUUUGGAGAGUGUCAUUUCAGAAUAUGUGGCACAACUGUCUCCCAACGAUGUUGUUUCAAGAAUACUCGACAUGCUUUUGAUCGGCAUGAACACGAUGAGUUCUGCAUUAGGGUUUUUGUUUUAUCACAUAUCGACAAAUCCUCGAGUCCAAGUUGAAGUUUGGAGCGAGAUAAGGAAAAUUCUACCUGAAAAAUACACCAGGUUGGAAUAUGAACAUUUGAGUUCGUUCAAAUACAUGCAAGCUUGCCUUAAGGAAAGUCUGAGAUUAAAAAUGCCCUUACCCAUUUAUUUAAGAAUAAUUUCUAAAAAUGUAAGUUUGAGUAAUUUUCAAAUCCCGAGAGGAACAAUGAUAUUAAUGACGAAUCAAGUUGAAUGCAUGAAAGAAGAUAAUUUCGAAGAGCCAGAAGAAUUUUUACCAGAACGUUGGCUCGAACAAGGAAUGAAUCAUCCGUUUACAUGUUUUCCUCUUUGCAAUUAUUUCGAUGAUGGCAUGCCGAGAAAGUUGGCAGAGCUUUCAAUAUGGAUUUGUGCUAUAAAUGUUUUCAGACAUUUUACCAUCGAUUACAUGUACGAUGAUAUAAAAGCAACCGUUUCCACUGUUUCAUUUCCAACCAAACCCCUGAAAUUCACUUUUACUGAAAGAUUUAAAUAA